CAUUCAAAUGAUUUCAAAUGAUUUUAAAGUUGAAGACAGUUCUGAAAUCUGCAUUUCUUCAAGGGAGUUGUUUCCUAAGCAAUACUGCGGAACGCUAAAGAAAGUUGAUUUUUGCGGAAAUCUGGCAGCAAAAUUGCCAACACUGAAACGGGAUCCUAAACUGACGGUAAAGGUAACGGCCUCAGAUAAAAGUGUAACCCUCAAAGCAAUCAUCGACCGAGGACCCCAGAUUUCGGAAGACAGGAUUUCACAGCAGAGCGACUGGUCGAUACCAAGCAGUGGACGAGGCUCAAUGACAGCAAGUCAAGGAUUUUCUGACAGUGAUACCGCAUCUCUAUCCCAGACAUCAAGUAAAUCGAGUCUGCAAUCGUUUCAAGCUCAAGGCUUGCUAAGUGCACGUGAGAGCGACGUGGCUAUGAUAGCUAUACCGAGCGGCGGACGGAGCGCAACAUCGUCAAGUCGAACAUCUGCUGACAGCGGUUACAGUCACGGGAGGACUGCAUCUCUGCCUGACCUAUCAAGAAGAGAAAAGCUCGAAUCUCAAGCACUUGCGUUUUUAGGACAAAAUGAAGAAAUGAACGAGUUCAACAGCAGUCAACUGUUCAUAGAGUUGUCCAAAAAUUUGGGUCAUGAGUGGAAGUUAUUUGCACGAUCUUUGGGUUUGACAACAGCUGCUAUUGAAAACAUUGAGGCAGACAAUUCAAGUCAAAGAGAACGAAGUUACCAGGUUUCUAUCCAGUGGACAAGGCGAGGAACGGCCAGUAGGACAGCAUUGUAUAAGGCAAUCAUGGCUGUUGAUCCUAGUGGAGCACUCAUGGAACGGUUGAUUGCUGGUCAGUAGUCUACUAAGGUUGUACGUUGAGUAGACUUAGAUGCCCUUUUUAAAAUCAUUUGUUUGUGCUUUUGUUUGAAUCAGUUCGACUGCAGUUGCUAGCAACGUUCUAUUUCUUAUGAAUUGGGAUGAUGAGAUUUUAUUGGAUUUUAUUUGUGCAUGGAUAUUCUAGGGCUUACCAUUGCAGGUUGUGUAGAUAGGACAAUAUAUUGUUUAUAUUGCUUUUUGUCCAGUGUGCGUAGUUUGUAUACAUUUUAUUGGUUUCCAGUACAGUACUUUGAUAACAAUGUAGAUUGCAGUGACUUGCAUAUAGUAUAGGAAGUUUACUAUAGAAUAACUGGUGAUAGGUGUUUCU